UGUUAAUGGUCAAACAAUUGUCCAUGUAUUCGAUCCCCCACAUCUUUUGAAAGGUAUAAGGAAUAAUUUAAUUAACAAAAAUUUAAUUUGGAAAAAAAAUAAAGAGAUAUACACAGCCAAGUGGGACCACAUUACAAAAGUGUAUAAUAUUGACAAUUCAUCUGGUGAUUUACGAUUGUUGCCAAAGUUAACAGAGUGCCAUGUUGUUCCUCAAAAAAUAAAAAAGAUGAAGGUGUCGAUUGCUGCUCAAGUUUUCAGCCACUCAGUUGCUUCGGUGAUGCAGCUUCUGUCUAAAGUAAAUUUACCAUUAAGUGAAAAUAAUUUAGAUGCUUCAGGAAGCCAAACUGCAGAAGUUUUGAAAUUUUUUGAUAAAUUAUUUGACAGUGUGAACGGUAAUACACUCUUUCCUAAAAACGGAAAAAUUUUAAAAUGUGCAGUUAGCUCUUCAUCAGGACAUGUUAUGUUUUGGAGGGAAGCAAGAAAUCACCUUAAAAAUAUGUACUUUGUAAAUGUGAUCUCUAAAGAAGAAAUGGUUCCGCCAUCACUUAAAAACUGGAUCCGCACCCUUGCCGGAAUGGAGGAACUUUUAAAGAUUCUUAAAGAAAAUAAUAUUACUUUUUUAGGCCUAAAAUGAUAAAUCAAGAUCCGAUUGAAAAUUUUUUUGGCCAGCUACGACAACAUGGAGGACGAAACGUUAACUCAACAGUGCCACAUUUUAAACAAUAUUAUAAAACAUUAUUACUUAAUAAUUUUAUAACACGACAUUAUUUGUCUGCAAACUGUGAAAAUGACAGUUCAUUUAAUAUUA